AUGCUCGUCGCUAACAAGAAGAAAAGCUUUCUGAUGAAAUUGCUCAAAUUCGUUGGCAGAGGAAAUCAAGUCCAAUCAUCAAAAUCAUGCCUUGCCCAGAUCUACGAGCAACGAAAGAAGCAGAGACAACGAUCGUCCAUCAACUCGCAAUUCUCACACAUCGAGCCAAUGCCGACGAUUCUCGAAGAAGACGAAUUUUCGGUGGCCGCCGAGUGCCGUUGA